AUGCCUUCUUCGCAAGGCAGACAGACCGCGACGCCCGUCAUCGUCGAGGUUAGGCCCUCCAACGUGGGCAGCUCGAACGUUGCACCAGCGACCCCGCCCGAGUCGCCCAACACCAAGAAAGCACGCUUCGCAUCCACUGUCGUCAACGGUACAUCCAGGCCGCUGACGCCCACCGAAGCCUGGUCGCUAUACCACUUUGAGACUCACGCACAGAAAUGCGCCGACUGCCACGACCCAGCUCGCGCUCUUGCAAAAGGUCAACGGCUAUGCGACGCCGGACACGCUCUUGCGCGGGACGUCGCAGAGCACGUCUACCACCAGUCCGGAGAGAUCUACAGCAAAGGCGAGGAUGACCACAAGCCCGUCCGGGUCGAGAUCCACCCUGGGUACAAACAUGCCCGGAGUCUGCUACAGGCCAUAGACCGGGCACUGAGGUCCAGGAGUCGAAAGGUGCCGAUCGUCAGCUAUGACCGGAGCUAUCCCGUCUCACCCAGACGACGUUCUUCUCCAGACCGACGAGAGGAGAGGCGAGAAGAUAGGCGAGAGGAGAAGAGAGAAGACAGGCGAGAGCGAGAACGGAAGUAUGAAAACGACAAGUACGAAAAGGUCACCGUCGAGCCCGCCAGUUCAGUCUCCCGCCGCAAGUCUUCGCAUAAAUCCAAGCGGUACAGCACAGUUGUGGUAGAUGAUGACGUCGAGGUCACAUCUUCCCGCCAACCAGAGCCGAAGCCGCAACCGAAGUCAGAGUCCAGGAAGGGUUCUCUGUACGAUGCAGAGAUCCAGCGACAGAAGAGAGAUAAAGGGUAUGUCGUUGAGAUUCGAGAGCCGUCUUCCAGAGGACGAGAGCGGGAAAGGGAGCGGGAAGAGAGGAGGAAGGAUGAGCGGCAGAGGAGCGGGUACUAUUACUGA